AUGCAAAACGGGCCGUUUUCACUCACUCAAUGCGUCGAACUUGCAGGCUCCGCCUUACCGAUUGUCACUACCCACCUCACCGUCUACCUCCGGGAGGUAUUGACGUUGCUCCUGAGAAAGGAAAAUAUAUUUGAACAGCUUUUGGCCAGUGAGAGAUACGCCGAAGUCAUCAAACGCUGGAUCACCUCAAAACAGCACCAGCAGCUUCUUGGACAGGCGGUGAUGGAGAACCUGGCUGGAAGGGCCCUUCACCUUUGCGGCGCCUGCCCUGGUGACCAUGGAAUUGGCGACUCAUGUACUGAAUGGAGUGAUAUUCAGGAAUUGAUGGAUCAACUUGACGAGUUCACCGGGCUCACUCAGGCCGCAAACGAACACCCACCUUCAAAGCAAGAGAACACGGUACCCUGGGAAAAGAUGAGGGUCCUCGACCGCGACGAAAAAAAGACAAAUCGAACUCGCGAGAAGAAGAAAGAGGAGUUUGGGAUACCUUCGUUUAUCAAGGAAGGUCUUGAAAAGCUGCAUAUCCCACUACCCCAAGGGAUAAAUGGCUUGGCCAAUACUACGGAGCAAAUUCAGCGAAUGAUACCCCAGCUCAUCAGCGCAGCGGUGGAUAGUUUUCCUUGCCGACUAUGCUCGGAGAGACUGACCGGAGAUUCAGCCACCCUCCCUCUACCGGACGAUCACGAGAAUGUUUACCCAAUGGCCACGACCGCGGAACAAAUUAAUCUUUACGGCGAGCGUGUCGGAGCGUGGAAAGUCCUGCUUUCUGACUUGGCGAUGGAAAAAGUCAAAAAGCUCAUUGACGAGGGAAAGUUUCCUCAAGUGGAAUACAACCUCCGGGAGCUUGCUCAAGGGCGAGGCUUGAAAAGGCGAUCCCGGCAAGUACCUCAUGGGUCAAAGGCAGAUUUGGUGCCUGUGAUCCCUCUUCACUUUAGUCCUCUUCCAGGAGAGAUCUUCAUCCUCUGGCAGGUUGAUGUCGGCUACUACGAUGAGUUGACGGCAAGAAAACAGUUUGGCCAAACUAUCAAAGUUUGGAACAUGGUCAAUCGCGAACAGCUUCUCCCGGCGGUCGAUUGGAUAAUCAACCUACAGCAGCAUUACAAGGAAGACAUUGUGGAUAUCUGCAAAAAGGACCCGAUCAAACUCCCGGACGGGAGUUACGUGCCCCAACGUUGGGAAAUUCUCCCGGUCUAUAACUCUACGAGUCAACCCCAAAGGGCAACUAAAAAAAGCCAAGUCCUUGUCGACAUACUGGGAAAAUUUACCAAUGUCACGGACUCCUUUUUGAAAGCCCUUUUAAGGGCGAAGGGUUACGAAGAAUUUCCCUUCGACUUAUCCCAGGAGGAGAUGCAAAUCGUCAAUCAUUCCAAAACGUCAAGUUUGAUAUUGGGGCGUAGUGGUACCGGCAAGACCACAUGUCUUCUUUUCCAGCUCCUCGGUAAACAUCAAGCCCGAGAGGGAAUUUCGCAUACGAAUCGCAUCAAACAGCUCCUCCUCACUCGAUCUCCUCAUUUGGCCGCAAAGCUCCAGCUUUACGUACGCAAUCUCAUCGACACUGCGUCAGGCACCUCGAGUACCUGGAUACCACCAGAUGAGGAGCCAGAUGAAAUCCUGAAGCUACGAGAUGUGAAUUUUCCUUUUGUCUGCACGUAUGACAAGUUUCUUGGGAUGUUAGAGAAAAGCAUGCAGAACGCCGACCGGCAAAAUUUCAACGAAGGAGACCAUGCAAAAUCGAAAAACAAGCCUAACCAAAAGAGCAACUUGAAACCAACACCCGUCAUUGAUUUUGAUAUUUUCAAGUACGAGUACUGGGGCUGCCUUUCUGCAUCUGCACCCCAAGGCUGCCCACCGGAGCUCAUUUUUGCAGAAAUAAUGGGAGUUAUCCGGGGGUCAAGAAUUUGUGCCAAAGAUCUGCGAGCGCUUUCCCGUGAAGAAUACGUGCCCAGGGAAUCGAAGGUGUCGCCUGCUUUUCCAGGCGUGGCAGAUCGCGAAAAGGCUUUCGAUGUCUAUGAGCGGUAUGAGAGACUCAAGAAGCAACGCGGUCAAAUUGAUGAUUUGGACCGUGUCAUGGAUGUGCUGAAAUAUAUCAUGGAGAACCCGAGUUUCGCAUCUCAGUUACGCCGUUGCUUCGAAGCAAUUUAUGUGGACGAGAUCCAAGACCUGAGAUGCGUCGACAUCGUUUUGCUUUUCAAGGCUGUGUUCAACGCUCGUGGGAUUCAUCUAGCGGGCGAUACAGCGCAGUGUAUUUCCAAGGAUUCAGUCUUCCGCUUCCCUGAGGUCAGAGCUGCCUUUUUUGACGAACAUGAGUCUACUGCCGCCUUUUUGAAACAGAAUGUUGCCAAGCCUCGCCAGUUUAUGCUGGCAAGAAACUACCGUUCUCACCAAGGCAUUCUAAGCUUUGCGUCGUGGGUCAUGCAGGUGCUUUGGAGUUUCCCCGAAACCAUAGACAAGCUAAAUCCCGAGGUUGGCCAGAUCGAUGGCCCAGUACCCAUCAUUUUUGCCGGAUUCGAUUGCUCUGUUCUCUCCUCAAGAAUGAUCGGUGUGACGAAAAUGAACGACAAAGUCGCGAACUUUGGAGCCGAGCAAGUAAUCCUUGUGCGGGACGAUGACUCGAAAGUCAAAUUACAAACAGACAUCGGCGAAGUGGCUUUGGUUCUCACAAUUCUUCAGAGCAAAGGAAUGGAGUUCGACGAUGUACUCAUCUACGACUUCUUCGGGGGCAGCGGCCUUGGAAGCAGCUAUCGAUGUCUACACUUAUUGGCACAAGAGCCGCGAGGCGAAUUCGAUUCACGGAAGCAUGCGCAACUCUAUGUCGCGGUGACCCGAGCAAGAAAACAAUUAUGGUUCAUGGAGACGAGCGAAAGCGCCCUCGAUUCCAUAGUCAAGGCACUCACUGAAAACAACUGCCUGAGGCUUGUUGAUAUUGCAAGAAAGAAGGAUGAACAAUCUGCGGAGAAGUUGAAGGCUCUCCGAGCAGGCGGUUCUGUCGAUCCCGCGCAAUGGAAAAAGCGUGCCACACAGCUUUUCCACCAAAUGAACUAUCAAGCGGCAAUCUUCGGCUACAACAAGGCCGGCGAUACCGAAGGUGCCGAACGCGCAGAGGCAUACGAUUGCCGUCGCGAGGGGAGAAGCCGCAAGUUUAGAGACAUCGAUGGGUCCACGAGAUAUUUCGAAAAGGCAAUCGAAUUGUUCCGUGGAAUCGACAUGCUGGAAGAUGCCGCAGAAUGCUACGAGCAAAUUGGCAAACAUGACAAGGCUGCCGAGAUUUGGAAGAACAAGGGCCAGCUUCAAAGGGCAGCUAAGAUUUACGAGCUAGGGUUAUUCUUCCAAGCCGCAUCAGAAUGCUAUGAUGUCGAUGGGGAUUUUGAGAAGGCUGUCGAAGUCCUUCAAAGAGGGGACAAAUUCGACGAUCUUAUCAUUUACCUUAGCCGGAAUCCUGACAAGCUCGACACCAAUGUUCGACAACGGUACUCACGUCUUUGCAAUAUCCUGCUGAAACAGGGCCGAGUUUCUUCCGACCUGAGAGUCGCGACUAUCAACCUCCUUGGUUCCGAAGCCGAAAAGGUUGACUUCUUUAUUGAGUUCGACCUGGUGGAUGAUCUUUGUUCGUACUACGCCGCGAACGAGAAUUGGAUGGAACUAUACGAGACACAUGUCGAAAACGGAAACGUGCCAGAAGCAGUGAAAAUUGUCAAAGAGCACAAUUUGAUCAACCAAGUCGAACCAGAAACCUUCAAACAGGUCUUGAACUAUGUCAUAGUCUCAAGUAUGUGGACCAAGAAAGUCGUUCUCGAAGUUGGAUUUUUCGAUACAGCGAAAGAAAUUGCUGAGGACUUCCAUGAUGUGAUCUGGAUGAAGGAUCAUAUCUCUGAGUGGAAAAUCGUCUUUGACAUUUUAAAUGUCACCAAUGAAGAUCUCGGUGAUCCUCAAGGCUGGUGGGAGAUGGAAAGACCCACUGACGACCUCUUGUGCAUGUUUGGUAAUAUUUCUCCGGUUUUGUUUCGUUUUCAGAAGCACCUGGAAGUGUCAACGACCUUGCAACUAAACCAAAGUUCAACCGAGAGCCUCACUUGCAACAAAACUAUGAGCAAAACCAGGAACGAAGCUCUGAAUCUAACCCAGAGCCCAAGCUGGAGCACAACUCGAAAUCAAACAGGGAGUCCAGUCGGGAGUCCAGUCCAGAACCGAGCCCAAUAUUCAACCCAAAAGCUGGAACCUCCAGAUUUAUUCCUCGCAUCUCUCUACCUUGCUUGUGGAAUCUAUAGGCUCGGCAGGCAUGAAAAAGCGCCUCUCAAGCAAUACUGGUCGAAGUACUGCCCACCAGUCUCCGCAGGCAAUUCCGAUGACACCGUAGAGGCAGUUAACUUCCAGGCUAUGGCAUGGGCUAAGAGCAUGUUUGCUGAUGCCAUGGACUUCUUCGAUGCGCGUGCAAAAGCCCUGAUUACACAGGAAUUUCCUAAACGCUGCACACCCUUUUUGCUACGUGGACUGUGCAUGAAAAGACGGACGGGGCAAUGCAGUCAGCUUCACGAGCGACUGACUACCGAAACUUGCUCAGGUGCUUUGGGGUCGCUCAUUCUGAUUUCGGGCUUGUACGCCCAUCUCACCAAAACAUAUAUGCGCAGAGUCAUGUCAGAGUCCUUUCAGCGAAAUUUUCUAGGCCGCAGGAGGUAUUGGUUGCAGCAGCUUGAAGAGAAGAUUAUAUUUGUGACGCCCUUAGAUCAAUCCGGCCAGGCAAUAAUGGAUCUCCGACAUCUACUUGCAAAAGGGAAAGGCGAUAACGUCGCAGGUAACGUCGCAGGUUGUUGGGAAGACUUGCUUCUUUUUCGAAUGAAGAAGAACUGGUACGAGAUGCAUACUUUUACUGGAAUCCUGGAACAGUGUCAAAUUGCGUUUUUUCUUGGCCCAAGGACAACGACAAUCUUCGCGCGGACGCUGAUGAGAAAGAUAACUUCCAUCCUGUCCCGUCAUCCGUCGUCGGAUCAUCCAUUGAUAUCAACUAAAGAGGCCCUUCAAGCACUGGAGAGAGCGCGUGGCCUUCAUGGGUUUCUCAAUGCUACGAAACCCGUCGACAAGUUGCUUUUGUCGAAUCUCCACCCUAUACUUUCCGUUGUCGAAUUUGGAGUUACGGCUUUCCUGUGUGCAAUGAACCCCGGUAAUGCGGUCGUGUUGCCAUCCUCAUGGGCCUUUCUACACUUGCCUGAUAUCAUCAGAUCCCCACUCGAGUUGGACGCUGCGGAGCCACGAGAUAAGGACAGAAUGGAAUGCAUUAUACCUCUCCGGGAUGUUAUUAUUUCAUUCUGUAUCAUUUUCGAGAAGCUCGAUAAUGAGGCGCAAUUGCCAUUACAAUUCAAGGGCCGACAUAAGUCUCCAGCUGUUCCCAAACGACGAAUUUUCGACUUGCUGCUUACCGUGAUGCUAAAUUUAUCUCACUACCCUUCUCGGCCACGUGGGAUUGAUAGUUUGUCAGCGCGGAUCUCAAAGACCCUAGCACUGGUAGCCCCACCCAACUGGGCCUCCCAUACGAUGGAAUCUCCAGCUAAGCUGCGUGAAGGCGUGAAAGCAACAUUUUCAUGUUAUGCCGGGAAAAACACGCUCCAGGUUGUCACACUGAACGACAAAACUACCGCUCCAGCAUACCUGAAAGGAUUUGUCGAUGCCUCAGCACCAGUCAUGAAAGUCAGCGAAUGCAUUAAGAACAGGUGGGAUGACCAAUUCGAACAAGAUGUCCAAGAUUCUAGUGCUGCCGCGUUCCAUUCCGUUGAAUCUUCACAUUCUGACGAAUAUUCGCCGGUCGAAACCAACAGCAUCAUCUUCCUUCAAAGGCAAUGGAGACGCAGGAGAAAAAUCCUGGAAGAAAGGCACAAAGCUGCACAGAGCGUUGAAGGAAAUUUCAACAUGAUUCUGUUCAAUCAUUGCCAGUCGCUUCUGCGUGCAAAGAGAGCGGGGGAGACCUUGAUCCCCAAAUAUCUCCACGUUGGGGUGCGCUAUCUUGUAUUCACACACGGGUAUCGCUUCGUUGUCAAAGAGGAUCUUGUGAAAGGCAUCCUUCUAAAAAUGAGAGAAAAACUCAGGUUCUUAUUCGAAAAUAAAGAACUGCGAGCAGCCGAUCUGGAGGAACUGGAUGCUCUCCGUGGGGAGACAUGGAAGGCCGAAAAGUCUGCCCGAACGAACUCCGGGCAUCAUUUGUUUUCCAGGCUAGAGUUAAAAAUACUGCCCCUCAGCUCUGACACCUUGUCUGUUACAGAGGCCACACUCGAGGAUGCCCUGGGCAGGAUGACAGAGAUGUAUCAAGUGGCGUCAGAACUCCAGGGCAGGCUGAAUGCACUUUUCGCUGGAUAG